AGACGGCCUGCGAGAUCAGUCGUUCUUGGUAUUUGCUCGUGAAAACAUCCUCCAAAUAGCAAUCCACCACAGAUCGCCAAUCGCACAGGCAAAAUAGGGUGAAGAUCGAGUGCCGAAUGGACACAGAGUGUGUGUGUUGUUAAAGUAUUGUGAAAUGUGCUGACAUUGAAUUCUAUCAUCUCAGCAUUUUCAAUUUAACUUAUUCGCCAAAGUGAAGAGGAACCAUGAUCCUGCCAAACAACACAGGCGGCUUUAUGCUGCAAACUAUGCUCUAUCUGGCCAACCAGCGGCCAAACGAGAGCAGUUUCCACGAGCUGUACAAUCUCCCGCCCGGAAUGUCGCCCGCAGAUAUAAACGACAUCAAGUGCUAUGGAGUGUACGGAUGCUUUCCAAUAACACCGCCAUGGACUGUUAAAACGCGGCCCGUGAGCUUGUAUCCUGAGAGUCCGUCGAAGAUUGACCCGCAUUUUCCGGUGUUCAAUAAAAACACACGAGAUUUGCCCAAAUUCAUCGACAUCAAUGAUCCGGAGAAGAUCAGAAGUGUGGGAAUUGAUCCGAAGGGGAACAUUUACUUCGUCGCUCAUGGAUAUCUGGAGUCAGGAGACAGACCUUGGAUUCAAGCAAUGGUGAAUGCGCUGCUCGAUGAAGAUCUCUACGGCACUGCAAGUGUGGUGGUUGUGGAUUGGGGAGGAGGCUCGAGUCCUCCCUACACUCAAGCUGUGGCCAACAUUCGUCUCGUGGGCGCCAUAGCAGCGCACAUAAUUAACUUGAUUCACGAGGAGCUGAAUCUGCCCAAUUUGGACAAAGUGCACAUGAUCGGCCACUCCCUGGGCUCCCAUCUCUCCGGCUACGCGGGCUUCACCCUUCAGCGCGACUUCAAUCUGACGCUGGGUCGCAUUACGGGCAUGGAUCCGGCGGAGCCGCUUUUCUCCCACGUGGAUCCCAUCGUGCGCCUCGAUCGCACGGACGCCAAAUAUGUGGACAUUAUACACUCGGACGCGCGGCCAUUCACCAGCGGGGGUCUUGGAAUGUCGCAGGUGAUUGGCCACUUGGACUUCUUCCCCAACGGCGGCUUCAACAAUCCCGGCUGCAACGAGGACAUGUCCACGUACAUCGAGCAAGAGCGCGGUUCCUUCUUCUGGGGCGUGCAGCAGUUCGUCAGCUGCAACCACAUCCGGAGCCAUCAGUUCUUCCUGGAGAGCAUCUCACCCAAGUGUCCAUUCAUCGCCAUCACCUGCGAAAGCUACGAGAGCUUCAAGGCGGGCAAUUGCUUUCAGUGCGAUCGCGACGGUCACAAGUGCUUCCAGUUCGGAUUCCACAGCUACAGGAGCUACAGACGAGCCAUCGAGAGUGGAAGCAUCGUGGAGAGCAGCUCCCAGAAGGCCUUCCUCAUCACAGACGCGCAGAAGCCCUACUGCCGCACACACUACAAGGUGCGAAUAAAAAUUUCCAACUCAGAGGAGAGUGUUCUGCACGGUGGAGAAAUUGGCAUGAUGUCCAUCAUCAUUCGAUCGCACCACAACACGGAGACGGAGAAGAUGCCAUUCACAGCCGAGCCGACGUACUACGAGCCCGGCCACAAGUACGUGUCCGUGCUGCCGGGAAAGGACGUGGGCAUUCCCAAGUAUGCCAUCGUCAACUGGGAGUACAAGACGAAUCCGCUGAAUCCGCUCACGUGGCGUCUCAUCGCCAGUCCGCGCGUCUACAUUGAGUACAUCAUUGUCGAGUCGCUGGAGCACAAAUCUAAUUUGCGCCUGUGUCCAAUGUUCAAUACGCCCGUUGUUGCCGACACGCCGAAUAUCUUCCGCCAUGAUUACUGCCGAUGAAUCAAGAUCAUUUUCUGUAUUUGUGAUUUCAACCACGCGACACAAUAAAAUAGAUUCACUUUCCUCAUGAGAGACAUUGAGAUAUUGUUGAUGGCAUCCUUGGGGGUUCUCUUGUCCCUUCUCAACAACCAUCUCUCGCCAUGAGGUCUGGAAUCGG